CUCUCUGUAGAGGGUACGUAGGCGCCACCUGUCGGCCUUUUCAUCGCACACUCGAUCGUCGAAGUCCUUCAAUUCCGUCGAUAAAACAAUUUCACGACAUCUUCAGCCCCGAGGAUAAAGAACUUUACUUUGGUAUGCAGUCAAUGCAAUUGCAGUCAUUACAAUAAAACAUGGCGUCAGUAUUCAUCCCGCAUUCCAUGUCCUCGAGCAUACGUGUCGCAGAUAGCGGAUUAUUAUUGCCCCGCGAAUGUAAAGGCGCCAACCAGUCGAUCUGACGAGUGCCGUUGUCAAAGUGAAUAACAACAAUUUUUUCUUCACCGUCAACGGCAAGUCAUUGCGUUUGGAAGUGACACGGGCUGUUUUUCAACACGUGAAUCAAGUGUCUGUUUCCCGAUCAUCCGUUCUCUAGUGCAACAAAUACCCGAUAAGGGCGGUGAAACUGCCAAUAAAUUGAUCUUGGGAGGAAGUUGCAGGAUAAAUGAGUAAUAAGAGUUUAAAGGUCUCGGUGGGGUCACAUGCUUCAAAAUGUUGUGGAUGCCUUCGUCACGUCAAUAUCACUGCCACACACACAAAGACAUAAAUUAAUGUGAGAUAAUAAUAAUAGUGAGGAAUUAAGUAGAUAUGUCGAACAUGAAGCUCAGCAUGCAGGACAAGAAGGAUUUGGAUAAGUUUAUGAAGUUUCUGGCACUCAAGGCUGCUCAGAUUAUUGUACAAUCCAGAUCGGGGGAGAAAGUCAUGACGAAAUGCAAGCCAGACUCGUCUGGAGCCAAUUGGUUCAAUCUGGCCGUUCCUGAUCUCCCCGAAGUCCUGGCCGAAGCCAAAAGGGUUCUUUGUGGGGAAAUAGUCAGUUCCUCGAUACCUCUCUGCAUUGAGAUCUCUCUGAGGACAGUCGAGGGUGACACAAUGGUCCUGGAGACCUGGAGUCUUGGAGUCUUACCCGAACAGAGUGACCCCACCAUCAGGGUCACCUAUACCGUAUACAAUAGAAUGGGAAUUUUAUUAAAGUCUUUGGUGUCUGUUUCGAGGGUCACACCGGCUUACAAACUGAGCAGACGACAAGGACCCGAUUCUUACGUUAUUUGCUACAGAAUUUAUAUGGGAGAACCUCAGCUGCAUACGUUAGGAGAUAAUUAUAAACACGUUAGAGUAGGGCAAUUGUGUACACCAGUUGGUACAAUACACUUAUCAGUGUCGUACAGAACCAAAAUGACGAUAUCACCGACUCAUACCAGUAGAGACUCCAUCAUGCUCAAGAGUGAUCAUUUUCAUUCGGAUUUAAGUCCUAGGCACGCUAGAUAUCAACAAAGUGAAGAAAUAUCUAAAUCUUUGAGUGAUACAAUCAAAGUGGGAGCUUUUGUGAUAAAUAAACAAGUCGUGGUGAACGAAGAGGACCUAGUGAUCCCCGAUGUUCCAUUCAGUUCAUUGUUGACACCUAGACAAACAUCGCCACCACCAGGACCCCAAACAGAGACAGUAAGCGCACCUACUUGCGCAACCACGACAUCACCACCUGUUUCAGCUCCUUCUGCCAGCAGCAUCGGUGUAAUAGCCUCCGAUUGUCAUAACGGAAAUGAGAAAACAGCCGUUGACAAUGCUACACCGAAAUGCAACUCCAGAAAUGGAUCCCGACGGAGCAGCUGCUCUAUCACCAGUGCUAAUGACGAUUUCAUUAUGAAAACUCCUUUUGCUGGGACAAACACAAACAGUGAUCUGGGUGCCUUCUACAGAGAAUGCCAGAGUGCCCCUCAGCUACAGGCAUUCAUGGAGGAGCGAACAUUGGGGGAGCAAGUUGGAGACUUGACGAAACAAUUGGAGAACUUUGAAACGAAUAUGCAUAAGUACGAGGAUAUCCUCACCUCGCUGUGUCAAUCUGACAACAAUAAUCAGUGAGGACAAGAAUUAGGAGUUAUUCACUUUGUCAGACUGAGCUUCUCACUUAUUACGAAGCAAAAAGAAGAGGGUUUUUUCAAAUUUCCUAAUGAUGGGAAGUGGGAGAUGAAUCGGUAUUUUCAAAUUUUGUAAAGUCUACGUCAGUGAAGGUUUCAUUUAAUUGAAAUAUUUUUUUCUAACGAGUGUUAUUUUCUUGAAGAAAAUAAAUAAGAAUCCAGGGUGGACAGCAAUCAUUUUUUUUGAGAUAAGUUUGUGCUGAAAUGCAACAAUCGAGUCAUAUUUAUUUGUUGUAAUGGUGAAAUUGUUUUUAAGCUAAAAUUAUUGCCCCGUCAUAGAUUUAUUAUUUGUAACUUAUCAAUAAGUUAAUGGAAUUUUGUUCUCCUGAACAAAGACGACCCUCAACAAUUAAUUGGUGAAAUUAAUUACUUGUCUGAAUUGAAUGAUUUAAAAAGGCUUUUCUGCGCUUACAUUCGCAUAAAAAUCAUCAUAAAAUGAAAUUCUGUUUCAUCUCCUAUUGUUUCCUCCAGAAUUGUUACGAAUUUCGAAAUUUUUGUGGUAGUCAAGAAUAGAAUUGAAUCAGCUUUCUGCACAAACGUUUUGAUAAACUAAACGAAUCAGUUAGUUUUCGCAAUAAAAACAAUACGAAAAAUUGACAUAAUUGGCUUCUGGUUGAAUGUCGAACAAAUUUAUUUAUAGCAAAGAUGUUGAUAUAUUGUUUUGUAGGAAGAAGUGUUUUGCUUGUUGCCUUCGUGAAAUUGAAUUAAUUGAAAACAAAUUAAUUGAGACGUGCACGUGAUGGAUAAAGUGCUUUGCUACAAAUAUAUAUUUAUAGUUUUCAUUGUCAUUGAAUUAAAUAUAAAUUAUUGACUGUAUAUAAUGUAAAUUACGUUUGUUGUAAUAUUCAUUAUUGAUUGUAAUAGGAAUAUUAUUUUCUUUUUUAAAUAAUACUCAUUAAUUACA